GAUCAAGCCGAGCGACGUUACUGCGCAGGGGAGGGCUGCGCCGAGAGCUGGCGAGACAAAACAAAAGCCACUCAUUUCAACCACCUGGCGCUGGUCGCUUGUUAUUAUUCUCUUUCCGAGAUAAGGUGUUUAUUUACCGCGUUCCUAUCCUUGUGCGACCCCCCCCCCCCCUGCGCCAAUGCCGAGCAGCACGUCUUUGCUGGAGGCCGACGACGGAGAAUCCGAGGUCCCGCCGCCGCUAGUACACGCUUUCGCCGGCAUGGGCCUCGACGAGCACCUCGGCACCCAGAGCCAGACGGCAGCGGAGCAAGUGGAUGAUAGCCCAGCCUACCACCACCAGCUCAUGCCAGCUUCCCAUUUUAAUAUCAUCGGUACGGUCCUAGACUUGAAGCCCCUGCAGCAGCACCACCACCGACCACCCUCGGGAGAUGAAGGGAGCGUCACGCCCGAAGACGAAGACACGGCCACCGCCGGCUGCUCCCCGGGCGGUUCUUUGCUAGCGCAGGCCCAUCAAUACCUGCCUUCGGGGCCCGGUGGUUGCGGCAUGGAGCAGGUCGAGACGGUGCUGCUGUACAAUGGAGACGAGCGGGACGAUCCGGACAUAUCUCCGACCGUGUUGCCCCCCUGUGUGUACGGAGGGGAACCGGGCUUCGAGGCCGAGGCGUCGCUGUUGGCUCGACGGAAAAGUGUCAACACAACCGAAUGCGUGGCCGUGCCUAGCUCCGAGCAUGUCGCGGAGAUAGUGGGCAGGCAGGGCUGUAAAAUCAAAGCACUUCGAGCCAAGACCAACACCUACAUUAAGACACCGGUGAGGGGUGAGCAGCCCGUGUUUGUCGUGACGGGGCGUAAGGAAGAUGUGGCGAUGGCCAAAAGGGAGAUCCUGUCCGCCGCUGAGCACUUCUCCCUCAUACGAGCCUCUCGGAACAAAGCGGGAUCUCUCUCCGCUGCAUCCGGGCCGGGGAUCCCGUCUCUACCUGGACAGACCACCAUUCAGGUGCGGGUGCCAUAUCGUGUUGUGGGACUAGUGGUGGGUCCGAAAGGGGCGACCAUCAAACGCAUUCAGCAACAGACCCACACCUACAUCGUCACCCCGAGUCGCGACAAGGAGCCCGUGUUUGAAGUCACGGGGAUGCCCGAGAACGUGGACCGAGCCAGGGAGGAGAUCGAGGCGCACAUCGCCCUCCGCACGGCCACCUGCGGCGGCGGCAUCGAGGCCCCCGGCGUGGACAACAACGACUUUCAGUUCAACGGCACCGACGUCAGCUUCGACAAUUCGGCCGCGUCCGUGGGGCCGGGUGAAGCCAAGUGGCUUCACGCCGCCGCGUCUGCGGUCAACAACGGCGGCCUGAUCCCGGUCAGCCUCGGCGGCCCCCAGCGAGUCAACAGCAAUAUAUCCGGCGGCGUCCGCAUGUCUUCCACCUACCGCAACGACAGCUCCAGCUCGCUCGGCAGCGGCUCCAGCUCCACCGAUUCCUUCUACGGCGGCGGGAACCGGAUGUCCGAUUUCAGCCCCACGUGCUCCUUCAACGCCAAUUCGAAUAACAACAACAGCAACCCGGGCGCUACGAGUUUCUGGUUUGGGGACGGCCUGCCUCCAGUGGCAUCCGAAGACCCGGCGGGCCCCGGAGGUGGGAGCACUUCCUCAGGAUUUGAGCCCUUAACCAUCUCCACUAGCCAGGUGGCUCACCCCACUGCGCAGCCUCACAUCUGGAGCCCCUAUGUGGACCACCAAAAUCUUCAGACCUUCGAUGGUCGUCCCACUCAGACCAGUCAGCCCGGCACGCCCCGCCUCUCCCCAACCUUCCCCGGGAUCGAAGCCAUGGAGCACCGGGCCCCCCCGAACGAGGUCCACCGGCUCCCAUCCUACUGCUCGGCGUUCUCCUCGUCCUCCGGCGAGAGCACGGCCUCCUCCCCGCCGGAGUCCUCCCUCGCCUACCGAGCCGGCCUGGGCUCGGCGGUGCGGGGGCAGGCCCAGGAGAUGUGCGUCCACUGCAUGGAGAGCCAGGUGAUCGCCGCCCUGGUCCCCUGCGGCCACAAGCUCUUCUGUCUCGAUUGUGCCACCCAAAUAUGCCAGAGCCCGGACGCCGCCUGCCCCGUGUGCCUGUCCCCGGUCAGCCAGGCCAUUCAACUCCGCAACAUGUGACUUGGCAGGUAGGGGCCCUAUUGGCCCCCCAUUUCCUCAUAUUGGCUUUAGUAGAGGUAAGGAAAGAUGUGCAUUAAUGGUAUAGUUCAGCUUGUUCAUGUGCCUGCCAAUUGUGAAGUCUUCUACUUAGAUGAAUUGAUCAACAAGAUGGGGCGGAAUCCUUCAAUGUAGCAACGGGUGGGCUGGGAAUUCACUUUUUUUUUUUUUUUUUUAAUCCCUGAAACGGUUACUUCAGACUUCCUGCCUCACUUACAGUUCCAGAGCGAACAGCGUUUAAAAAAAAAAAAAAAUUCACUGCUGUAGUUUGCUGAGUCUGUAGCCCCGCCCCCUUUUGUUGAAUGGUGCUCGCCGGAGUGAAAAAACCCAAGUAGGAGGAGGAGCAUGUUUACAAAGCCGCUAUUUAACGAUUGCUACACAUACUCAUUCACGCGUUACGGACAAGAAACACCUCGACGUUUAAAAACAAUAUCCGAUGUUUACAUGCUUUACUAUUUUCUACGCAUGCAAACCGCUACACUCCACCCACGUACUGUGUUACCUCCGCGGUGCUUUAGUUCCCACAUCGGAAUGAUGGCCUUUUAUUCAGGCCACCCACACCCCCCACCAAGGACACACCACUACGCAUAAAAUGGAAUUGUUUACGAUUAUACUUGUGCCUAAAAUUUGGAUUAGUAGAGCGGGGUUUUGCUUUGGGCUCCUGUUUACACGAGAACCAUUCAGCCUCUGUUUUUAAUAUUUAUUAGCAGGUUCAAUUUCCCUUUUUGGAAAUGAUGUCAAUCUAAUUCCUGAUUCUAAAAGACUUCCCGUACUCCUCAAUAAUAGUCACAAUUCAUAGAAAUAAUCGAACAAAAAUGCAAUUUUA